CAGCUUCUCUUCUCAGAUCUAGAAUAUUUGCGACCACACUUUGCCUCGCAACCCACCGCACUGCACGAUUGUUAGCGUCAAACACAGCUCGAUUCAUGGCGGCCGACCAAACACUGGCAGAGCAGCUAGAACAGCUGCGUGUCAGCCAGACAGAGUUCCCAGCAUGCUAUCCUCAGUUAAAUCCAGUUGACCUGUUUCGUGUCCACGUAGCCAAAACCCUUUCCGACGUGACAGGCCUGGACGCAAAGACAAUUUACCCUUUGCUGCAACGUACCCAGACCUUGGAGCAUGGCGAUCUGCUGUUACCAGUGCCCGCCCUCAAGGUCAAGGGCGAGAAACCCAACGACCUCGCAGCCCGUUGGGCUGAACAGUUUCCGGACUCCCCACUUGUCAACAAGCCUGUCGUCGACGCAGCAUUCCUCCGGUUCUUCUUCAAACCAGCGCCACUCCUGCAAGAAGUGAUACCCUCCAUCUUGCAAAAUCGGACAACAUGGGGAACCAAUCCACUACUAGGAUAUAAAAUUCCUGGAGACGCACAAUCCGGACGCAAACGCAUUGUCAUUGAAUUCUCCUCUCCAAACAUCGCGAAGCCUUUCCAUCAAGGCCAUCUCCGGAGCACAAUCAUUGGAGGGUUUUUGAGCAAUUUAUAUGAGGGGGCUGGCUAUGAUGUUGUUCGGCUCAACUAUCUCGGAGACUGGGGUAAACAAUACGGACUGCUAGCAUUGGGGUUCAAGAAAUUCGGCGACGAGAAAGCUUUAGAAGAGGAUCCAAUCCAGCAUCUAUACCAGAUCUACGUCAAAAUCAAUCAAUUGGUUUCCAAGGAACGCAAAGAAAUCGAGCGCUUGGAAGCAGCCGGAGAGGACACCUCCAAAGUCACAGACGGUGGAUUAGACGAACAGGCUCGCCAAUACUUCAAGGCUAUGUGCGACAAUGACCCCGAGGUCAUCGAGUUGUGGAAAAGAUUUCGUGAACUGAGUAUCGAGCGAUACAAGAAGUCCUACGCGAGGCUCAACAUCCAUUUUGACACCUAUGCAGGGGAAAGCUUGGUGAAGGAAGAGUCUCAGGUUGUGAAGAAGCAGUUCUGUGUUGAUUUGAAGAGGCAUAAGGCCCAGAGCAUGAAGACAGCAGAAAAGAAGAUGGCCGACACCGGGAUCACUGAGCUAUCUCAAGGCGCAACUAUCGUGGAUUUCUCCAAGUACGUCCCGGGCAAAGUUGGAAAGGCGCUUGGCAAAGCCUUGGUGCGGAAGAAGGAUGGGACGAGUCUCUAUCUAGCCCGUGAUGUCGGCGCAAUGUUCGAGCGAAAUAAGCUCUACGAAUUCGAUAAAAUGAUAUACGUAGUAGCUACUGACCAGGAGCUUCAUCUCAAGCAGCUUUUCAAGAUUGUGGAGUUGAUCGGUGAUAACGAUCUUCGAUCUCGAGUCGAGCACGUAAACUUUGGCCUGGUGCUGGGUAUGAGUACACGAAGGGGAACUGUCGUGUUCUUAGAUGACGUACUUCGGGAUGUCGGCGACAAGAUGCACGAAGUAAUGAAGAAGAACGAAGCAAAGUACGCACAAGUCACUGAUCCUGACAAGAUCGCCGAUAUUCUUGGUAUUAGCAGUGUAAUGGUUCAGGACAUGAGUGGAAAACGCAUCAACAAUUACCACUUCAAUAUGGACACCAUGACCUCCUUCGAAGGAGAUACUGGUCCAUACCUUCAAUACUCCCAUGCUCGGCUUUGCUCAAUAUUCUCCAAGGCGGGUGUUUCAACUGCCGACAUUGAAGCGGCAGAUCUCAGUCUUUUGACUGAACCUCACGCAAUCAACCUCGUUCGACUUCUUGCUCGGUUCCCAGAUACCAUUCAAAACACACUGAAGACGCAUGAGCCUACCACGGUGCUAACCUAUCUAUUCCGCAUGACACACGCUUUGAAUAGCAGUUACGAUGUGCUGAAGGUAAUCGGAAGUGAACCAGAGCUUAUGAAGGCUCGCCUUGCUUUAUACGACGCGACGAGGUCUGUGAUCAAGAGCGGAAUGCGUCUCCUAGGACUCAAACCCGUCGAACGGAUGUGAACUUAUCAUUAAAGCAAUUUAGCGACGUCGAAGGAUAGAUGCCCACUUAAAGGAGUUUCAGGUUAUUAGGAUACUUAUAGUUUAGUUCUAAAUGUUACUUCUCAGAGAUCAUGUGUCUAGGAUUAGUUCUCUAAUUCCUAGGGUGCCACUCUCAUUACGUAUGCUUGAGAUGGCAGCUCAGUCUCCUAAUCACCGGGCAGGGCAUUGCAGUUUACCGCUGCCAUUCCUAGCUGAUAAGAGAGUAUCGAGACAUUAGCGCAGUUAGUUACAACACUCUUAACGCUUUCGAAGCGCGCCGGCGUACUGCUUCCCACCACCACC